GUGCUCCCCGUGCCGCUCUACUCGCCGGGAAGACGGCGCCGGCGGCGGCUGCUCUUGCUGCGCCCGCUCCCGCGCGCUGUGCUUCCGCCGCGGGAGGGCUCCGCAGCCCCCAGCCGCCCUAGGUCCCUGCCCGGAGGCGGCCCCCAGUCUCCACCUCCUCUUGCCUGGGCGGCCUGGCGCUUGUGGUCCGGCCCACGGGCUCCUCUCUCCCACUCGCAGGUUCCCUGCGGAGCUGGCUCCAGCAUCCAACUUUGCCUCCUUGCCCGUCGCCGCCGCGGGGCGCGAACCUGCUCACCCCCCGUCCGGCUGUGCGCCCGGGAACCGUGCGCCUGGCGCUCGAGCCCGCGCCCCCAGCCUGGAGCGCAGCGAGUUGGGGGUGGCUCUGGGGGAGUGGCGGGAGGCGACGGCCGCUUUCUCGACUUCCUUUGCCCGGCGUUGAAGAAGACCCUCAGAGCUGCUUCGGGCCCUAGGCACUGAAUGACUGGCACGAGGAGUGCGCCUCGCACCUGCGUUGGUGUGUGAGAGUUGGGCUGGCAUGCCCACGCGGCUGUGAAUUCGCUGUGUGAUUCAUGAUCCAGGAAACACUCCAUCCCUUUCCUCCUUGGCACUUUCCCCACAUGACGGGAAGACGAGCUUCUGGUUAAAGACAAGCGCCCAGAGUCCAAGGCCCCCUGCCCACCAUGAAGGGACCCUGCAUCAUCGCAUGGCUGUUCUCCAGCCUGGGGUGGUGGAGACUCGCCCAGCCAGAGACAGACGCAUCCCAGUGCCAGAGAGCAGAGCAUCCGGUCAUCUCCUAUAAAGAAAUUGGCCCCUGGUUACGGGAGUUCAGAGCGAAGAAUGCUGUGGAUUUCUCUCAGUUAACAUUUGAUCCAGGACAGAAAGAACUGGUUGUAGGAGCAAGAAACUACCUCUUCAGGUUACAGCUUGAGGAUCUGUCUCUGAUCCAGGCUGUGGAGUGGGAGUGUGAUGAAGCCACCAAGAAGGCCUGUUACAGCAAAGGCAAGACCAAGGAGGAAUGUCAGAACUACAUCCGGGUACUGUUGGUGGGUGGCGACCGGUUAUUCACCUGCGGCACCAACGCUUUCACGCCUGUCUGCACCAACCGCACGCUGAGUAACCUGACAGAGAUCCACGAUCAGAUCAGCGGCAUGGCCCGCUGUCCCUACAGCCCCCAGCACAAUUCCACGGCCCUCCUGACGGCCGGCGGGGAGCUCUAUGCUGCGACGGCCAUGGAUUUCCCGGGACGCGAUCCCGCCAUUUACCGAAGUCUGGGCAUCUUACCUCCUCUGCGCACUGCCCAGUACAACUCCAAGUGGCUCAACGAACCCAACUUCGUGUCAUCCUACGACAUCGGGAACUUCACCUACUUCUUUUUCCGCGAAAAUGCCGUGGAGCAUGACUGUGGGAAGACGGUGUUCUCCCGAGCGGCCCGGGUGUGUAAGAACGACCUCGGGGGCCGGUUCCUGCUGGAGGACACGUGGACCACGUUCAUGAAGGCGCGCCUCAACUGCUCGCGCCCCGGCGAGGUCCCUUUCUACUACAACGAGCUGCAGGGCACUUUCUUCCUGCCGGAGCUGGACUUGAUCUAUGCCGUCUUUUCCACCAAUGUGAAUAGCAUCGCUGCCUCGGCCGUGUGUGUCUUCAACCUGAGUGCCAUCUCGCAGGCCUUUAAUGGACCCUUCAAGUACCAGGAGAACUCCCGGUCCGCCUGGCUGCCGUAUCCCAACCCCAACCCCAACUUCCAGUGCGGCACCGUGGACCAGGGCCUGUACGUGAACCUGACGGAGAGGAACCUGCAGGAUGCUCAGAAGUUCAUUCUGAUGCAUGAGGUGGUGCAGCCGGUGACCGCCGUGCCCUCCUUCAUGGAGGACAACAGCCGCUUCUCCCACGUGGCUGUCGACGUGGUGCAGGGCCGCGAUGCGCUCGUCCACAUCAUCUAUUUGGCCACAGAUUACGGCUCCAUCAAGAAGGUGCGGGCGCCCUUGACUCAGAGCUCGGGCGGCUGUUUGCUGGAAGAGAUCGAGCUCUUCCCCGAGAGGCGGCCGGAGCCCAUCAGGAGCCUGCAGAUCCUCCACAGCCAGAGCGUCCUGUUCGUGGGUCUUCGGGAGCACGUGGCCAAGAUCCCGCUGAAGAGGUGCCAGUUCUACCGCACUCGCAGCACCUGCAUUGGGGCCCAGGACCCCUACUGUGGCUGGGAUGUGGUGAUGAAGAAAUGCACGAGCCUGGAGGAGAGCCUGAGCAUGACGCAGUGGGAGCAGAGUAUCGCCACCUGUCCUACGCGGAACCUCACCGUGGACGGGCGCUUCGGCGCGUGGUCUCCGUGGACACCCUGCUCGCACACGGAUGGCAGCGCCGUGGGCUCCUGCCUCUGCCGCACCCGCUCCUGUGACAGCCCGGCCCCCCAGUGUGGCGGCUGGCCGUGCGAGGGCCCCCGCGUGGAGAUCGCCAACUGUUCCAGGAAUGGAGGCUGGACCCCCUGGACCUCGUGGUCUCCGUGCAGCACCACCUGCGGGAUCGGCUUCCAGGUGCGCCAGAGGUCCUGCAGCAACCCCACGCCCCGGCACGGGGGCCGGGUGUGUGUGGGACAGAACCGCGAGGAAAGAUACUGCAAUGAGCAUCUGCUGUGCCCACCCCACGUGUUCUGGACCGGCUGGGGUCCCUGGGAACGGUGCACCGCGCAGUGCGGGGGCGGCAUUCAAGCUCGCCGCAGAACCUGCGAGAACGGGCCUGACUGCGGCUGCAAUGUGGAGUACCAGCCUUGCAACACCAACCCGUGCCCCGAGCUGAAGAAGACCACGCCCUGGACCCCAUGGACACCUGUCAACAUCUCUGACAACGGGGGCCACUAUGAGCAGCGCUUUCGGUACACAUGCAAGGCCCGCCUGCCUGAUCCAAAUUUGCUGGAAGUGGGGAGACAGAGGAUUGAGAUGCGGUACUGUUCUAGCGACGGCACCAGCGGGUGCUCCACCGACGGUCUUUCUGGAGACUUCCUGCGUGCUGGGCGAUACUCCGCCCACACGGUCAACGGGGCCUGGUCGGCCUGGACCUCAUGGUCACAGUGCAGCCGAGACUGCAGCCGGGGCAUUCGGAACCGGAAGCGCGUUUGCAACAACCCGGAGCCCAAGUACGGGGGCCUGCCCUGCCUGGGCCCGUCCCUGGAGUACCAGGAGUGCAACAUCCUGCCCUGCCCAGUGGAUGGCAUGUGGUCCUGCUGGUCGCCCUGGUCAAAGUGCUCGGCGACGUGUGGAGGUGGACAUUACAUGAGGACACGCUCGUGCACAAACCCAGCCCCCGCCUACGGAGGGGACAUCUGCCUGGGGCUGCACACGGAAGAGGCACUCUGCAACACGCAGCCCUGCCCCGAGAGCUGGUCGGAGUGGUCAGACUGGUCCGAGUGUGAUGUGUCUGGAGUCCAGAUCCGCGUCCGCCAGUGCGUUCUUCUUUACCCCGUGGGUGGCCAGUGUUCCGGAAACACCACAGAGAGCCGGCCGUGUGUUUUUGAUUCCAAUUUCAUCCCAGAAGUAUCAGUGGCGAGAUCCAGCAGCAUAGAAGAGAAAAGGUGUGGAGAGUUCAGCGUGUUCCACAUGAUCGCCGUGGGGCUGAGCAGCUCCAUCCUGGGCUGCCUUCUUACGCUGCUCGUCUACACCUACUGCCAGCGGUACCAGCAGCAGUCCCAUGACGCCACCGUCAUCCACCCCGUCGCGCCCGCCCCUCUCAACACCAGCAUAACCAACCACAUCAACAAACUGGACAAGUAUGACUCAGUGGAGGCCAUCAAGGCAUUUAACAAAAACAACUUGAUCCUGGAGGAAAGAAACAAAUAUUUCAACCCACAUCUCACUGGGAAGACCUAUUCCAACGCCUACUUCACAGAUCUCAAUAACUAUGAUGAGUACUAAGAGCUCUUCUAUUUUUGGCUUCUUGUAAUUCCCCAGUUCCUCGAGGCCUGCUCUCCAUGCCUGCCCAUGUCUCCAACACUUCAGAGAUGGAGUUUGGAAACAUUCCAAGUGCAUUUCAAGCCACACGUAUCCCAUCGCUGCCAAAAACGCUCGUCCUUAAAAGCAACAAAUCGUCUAAACAUGGCAUCACGAAAAUCUGUUCUACAAUUCUCCGUCAUUGUUUAAUGAGCCAUGGUGUGAAAUCUCUUUAUUGUGUUGAGUCCAUUUUUCUAACGAGUCAGUUGUUUUCUUGAGCUUUUUUGUAAAUGUACCACCCACAUUGGAAGGAGUCUUUAGAAAUAUGAACAUCCUCUUGCUCAUGAGUGCAAAUCUUCAUGAUGAUAUAAUUCAAGAAAAUCGGCACUUUAUGUGAGAGCCCACCCCCCAACCUCCACCUGGUUUAUAAUAUUGAUAAAAUGAAGAAUAUGAAUUUGGCCGUACAAAGACUCACCAUGGAGCUCCAUCUUCUCGGUCUGGAUUAUCCUGUGUGUGUUUGGACCUGGAAUGAUUUUUGCCUGAGGACACCAGAGAUUCAGCUUGGCUUGCAACCACCUGCAGAGGUGAUGGUGUGGAGGGUGAGGUGCCCCGCCCUUGGUCUUGACGCGGUCACUGUGUUUUCUCUGGGGGAGGGGAGUGUUAAGGGCAGAGGUACAGACUCCGUGAAGGGGGCACGUGUUCUACAGGUUCCUGUGAAGCCAGCCUUAUUCUGACGUAUGGAUGUCAUGACAUUUCAGGGAGCUCCUUGCCACGUGGUUGGCUUGGAAGCCCACUUCUCUGGUCCAGAGUAGCAUCCCCAAGAAACACUCCAUAAAAUAACCACUUGUUUAACAUUUGGAUAAUAGACUCUACACCUCUCCUUUCUCUGCAAAGAAGAAUCUUGAACAUUCAUGAUGCCAAUGAAGAAAGUCUUGAAAGGACUGAAAUAGAAUUGAAAACAACUUUUUUUUUUUAUUUUCCAUGUUAUGGAAAGUUUUGAAAGAACUUACGUGUAAUGAAAAGCAACUUUUUUUUUUUUUAAUUUUACAUCGCCCUGAUAGAACUCCUGUAUGGCAGUCAGCCUCUAACAAGAGCAUUGAUGACGUGCAAAGUUGGCUUUCUGCAGCUCAUUGCUGUACCUAUUGAAAUGCUCCCCAUGGAGUUCCCCUAGUGGCGCAGUGGUUAACGAAUCCGACUAGGAACCAUGAGGUUGCGGGUUCGAUCCCUGCCUUUGCUCAGUGGGUUAAGGAUCCGGCGUUGCCGUGAGCUAUGGUGUAGGUUGCAGAUGCGGCUCGGAUCCCGCGUUGCUGCGGCUCUGGCGUAGGCCGGUGGCUACAGCUCCGAUUAGACCCCUAGCCUGGGAACCUCCAUAUGCUUCGGGAGUGGCCCAAGAAAUGGCAAAAAGACAAAAAAAGAAGAAAAAAUGAAAUGCUCCCCAUGUACCAAGCUGUCAUUUGCUGCCUCCAGGUCAGGUGAGGAGAUGUUUGGCUCUGGUGCCUUUUGUUUUUUAUCUCAGUGCUGCCUUCCCAUCCACCCACUCCCCCUUCUCCCUGCAUGGGGGCAACAGCAUUUCCAGAAGUACCUUGAGAAAUCAGGGUAUCCAGUUUUUAAUGAUCCCUGUAGUUCUGAGCUUCAAUCAUUCAUCAGCAUUUCAGAGGUGUUAUGAUACUAUUUGGUGGUGUCCCCAGAAGAAAAAAAAAUAAAACAGGAUAGGGAGUUCCCAUCGUGGCUCAAUGGAAACGAAUCUAAGAUCCACAAGGAUCCCUGGCCUUGCUCAGUGGGUUAAGGAUCCAGCUUUGCCAUGAGCUUUGGUGUAGGUUGCAGACUCUUCUCAGGUCCUGCAAUGCUGUGGCUGUGUCAUAGGCCAGUGGCUACAGCUCCGAUUCAACCCCUAGCCUGGGAACUUUCCUAUACCAUGGAUGCAGCCCUAAAAAGCAAAAAAAAGAAAAAAAAAAAGGAUAGAUUACUCACAAAAAAAACCUGAUACAUAACAUAUGGCAGUUAGGUGAAUAAUUACUGAAAGUUAGAAGAAGAUUAAAACUGUUCAUUUGAUGCCUCUGGGUGCUGUGACAAAGGCCUGGGUGGACAUUCAAACAUGUUCUUAUUGAUAAAAUGAAGCUUCAGAUCUCUGAAAACAUAUACUAUGGGCCUUGAGGAACACAGACUUUUUAGCAUACAUGUUUUUACCUAUUCAACUUAAAGAAAAUGAAAAAUCCUAUCCUUAGAAAUGAGUGUUGUUGCGUUCAAAAUAUUCUCAUAUACCCAGAUUUUCAGAAACAGCUCUACUAAAAUUCAUGCUGAAAUUGCAAGUGGGAUCUGAGAGGUCUGAGAGAUUUCAAAUGAAUGUGUUCCAGGUCUUUCCAUCGGGGAGGUCAAGAUACGUACCCCACAUUCCUUUGUAUGCUGAGUGAGCGUGCUCUGUCUCCAUGCAGAGUCCACACUUAGGAGGUGAAUAUAGCCAGGACGUUUUCUCAUUGUUCUUAGGUUGGAUUUUCAUUGGAUGCUGCUACCUGCCUCAUCACUUUCCUGUAAGAAAAAUGCCCUUACUGUGUAGCACAUUUUAGCUGUUUUCUUAAUUCCUCUCCUGCAACACUUUCUAAACUUAAAUGGUCAUUCUAUUUUCCCUAAGAGGAAGAAUACUGAUAUUUCAAAACAGCAUUCCUGGAUUUGAUGGAAAAUGCUUUUUAAAUGACAUCCAAGUUGAUCUUUAAUCAGUCUAUGCAAUAACCAGGGAAAACACCCUCCCCCACAACAGAAUUUUCAUGUUACUCAUUAUGUAAACCUUUACGAUUAUCACUCAUUUUUGUUCCCUAACACUCUAUUCAAAAGAAAAUUGUUCUGCUCUCACCCCCCUCCGUCCCUCUCACUUAUUUUACAGGAUAUCAAUUGGUUUAGAAUAGUUUUAGCUAUCAUCUAAGUAUUUUGACAAGCUAUGUAGUAACUUCUGUUUUCCCAUCAGUGUGGAGCUAUUGCUUAUGUGUCCAUGCCUCCCCCCAUUAAGCUUCCAUGUGAUGAGGUUUCACGGGGGUAUCUGCCCACUUCUGCUGGAACCUCCUUCUUACAGCAGCCCUUCCUUAGGCUGUGAUGGUUGGGAUUUCUGCCAACAUUUGUCCCAUUUUUCUGUGUGACUUCUUCAUUCUCUUUUUACCUUUGUUCUUUUCCUUCCCUUUCUUCCUUCUUUUUCUUUCUCUCUCUCUUUCUUUUUCCUUCUUUCUCUUUUUCUUUCUUUUUCGUUCUCUCUUUUACUUCCUCUCUCUCUCUUUCUGUCUUUCUGGUAGAAGAAGCACAACUAGAGACUAAUACUUUUAAUUUGCAUCUCUCUGAGCUUAACAUCAAAUGACAAUAAUCACAGUGUAAUGUCUAAGGUUAUUUCUGGAGACAGUUGAAGUUUGGCUGGUGUCCAUUAGGAAACUGGCUUCAGCCUCACGUUUAAAUUCUUUGGACGUGAUUCCCAGUGUCCAGUGUUUUCUCCGGACUAGACUAGUCACUGUCUACUAUCCCCCCUAUAGUGCCACAGAAUCCUUGCAGGAGGCCUCCCCAAAAUAGUGCUGGUUGAUGGUGUUGAUGACACUGAGGGCUGUGUCACUCAAAAGACGUGGACUCCGUGAACUCUGGGGGUGCAGGAUCAGGCGCUACUACCUAAAGACCCAGUGUCCCCCAGAUUCGGGCGUUUCCUUACUUGGUUGUCUGACUCCCUUUAGGCUUAUUUCUGUGCUGCUGCCCCUGGAAAGUAAUGGGAGGGAAGAUCUGAACCUUCCUGAUCCUUCGGGAACAUUUCCAUAAGCCUGUAUUUUGUCACUAGAAUUGGCAUUAACACCAGGGAAAGGAGUUCCCAUCGUGGCUCAGUGGUUAACGAAUCUGACUAGGAACCAUGAGGUUGUGGGUUUGAUCCCUGGCCUUGCUCAGUGGGUUAAGGAUCUGGCGUUGCCGUGAGCUGUGGUGUAGGUUGCAGACGUGGCUCAGAUCCCAUGUUGCUGUGGCUCUGGCGUAGGCCAGCAGAUACAGCUCCGAUUUGACCACUAGCCUGGGAAUCUCCAUAUGCCGCGGGAGCGGCCCAAGAAAUGGCAAAAAGCCAAAAAAAAAAAAAAAAAACUAGGGAAAAAGAGGGCUCCCUGGGUGUGUGGAGGGUUGGCAGAUGCUAAGUGAACUGGGAGCAGUAAAGCGUGAGUGUGAGGGCGUCUCUGCCACGGAGAAGCCUCUGUCCCCAGGAAGGGUCAGCCCGUGGGGUGGGCAUGAACCAGGGGUCUGGCCCCACUGACUCACCAGUGAUGCCAAAGAAGAAGGAAGAGAAUGAGGGAGGUGACCUUGAAAAGAAGGGACCUGGCCACUCCCAGCAAAGCGAUAUGGACAGUCCCAGGUGGGGACCCGUGAUGGGCAGGCACAGUCCCCUGGGUCUGACCCCUGGAUGCUCCGGCAUCGACUGCCCAGAGUGCAGGCGAAGGUGCCCCUGUUUCCUUAUUUAUCUGCAAAAGGGUGAAAUUCACAGAAAUCAAAGCCUGUGUGGAGAAUGUUCCCACUGGGGUCUUUGGCUGAAUUAGUGGGUCAGAUGCCUUCAAAGCCUCAGCAGGGGAACCCCAGGUCCCCAGAGGCUCCGGAGGGGGCAUGUCAGAGUGCAGGGCAGAUCAAAGGAGGUUUGGUUUAAAAAUAUAUCAAGUCUGCCCUCAGCUCAUCACUUUGGGCAAACACUUCCUUAAUGCACAGUGGAGGGGCAGCUUCCUUAGUGUUUGAAUUUGCAAAUAUCCUGAUGCUUUUUUAUGACAUUUUCCUCAAUUUUCGAACAAAUCACAAACGUUUCCCUGACCCUGUCAAACUUAUAGACUUUGCCCUGUGGUCAUCAACUUUCUUUUAGCCCCAGGGUGUGUUUUAUAUUUCAGUGGGGUUUUCUUGUGGCAUUUAGAGGUAACCAAAUCGAAUUCAGUCUUUAUGUUUCAAAAGAUGACUCUGGGGCACCUGGCCAGAGGCAACAGGUAGCAGUGGUGGAUGCCUUGCACUGAGUCAGCCUCAGAGCCGCUGCUCUGCAGGUGGCAGCACUGUGCUUGAAUCCCACAACUCUAAUAAUCAUUGUCCUCGAAGGCAGGGAAUGAAAACAAUAACCUUAAAUGUCUUCAUGUGCAAACUCUCUGCUUUUUUUUUUUUUUUUUUUUUUUUUUUUUUUGGCUGCUCUGCCGCACCUGGAUGCUUCCAGGCCAGGGAUCAGAUCAGAGCUGCGAUAGUGACCUAUAUGACAGCUCCAUCGACAUCUUUUACCCACUGUGCCAGGCUGGGGAUUGAACCUGUGUCCUGAGCUGCCACUGAUCCCGUUGCGCCACAGUGGGAACUCCAGCUCUUUUUUUUUUAAGAUGAUAGAAAUUGGAGUUCACAGAUCUCACUGGCCAUACCCAGACUAUUCUUUCUUUCUAAGCUAUUAUUUCAUAAUUCAUGUUGACUUGGUAAUGUAUGUUGACAUGACAUUACCCAAAUGGAUUACCUCUGAUUUUCUAUUAUCAGACACUAGAAAGCCUUUCUGACCCUCUGCUUCUCUGAUCAGUGUUUUGAAAUGGGGAAACAGAGAGUUAGAUCUGUUUUGGCCCGAGAAAUGUACAAAAGGGAAUGCCAAAUAUUUCACAGUGUGUUACUACGUAAGAUGAAAUAUUAGGAGACCAGGAAUUUAUUUCUGCUGUUCUUUCCCAGUGAGGUCAUUAAUAAUAAUUGAUUUAAAUAUGUCUUAUAACUCUAUAAAUAUAGAACCAAGGCCUUCUGGUCAUCUAUUCUGAUAACAUGAUAAAACACAAACAAAUAUAUUGCUUUAAUCCUUGCUUCUUUCCUUUUGGAGGAAUUGAAAAGUAAUGAACCAGAUGUGAAGUUGAACUGUUAGCAGGGAUUUUUCUAUCCCACACUCCUUUUUUAUGGAUUUAGGUUAAAGAUACAUUAUGGAUAUUUUUGAAGAGAUGGAUCAGGGUGGGUUUUUUUUAAUGGUCAUAGGUUGUAUCAUCAAAAAUGUGGUACAUGUUACAGAAACAUUAAGAAUGGGAACCUAUUCUCUUUUGAAAAUAUGUUCACAUUGCAAAAGGUCUAAGAGCAUAUCAUCAAAACCAAAAUCACCGUGACCCAAAUGCACUGUUCCCAGGUAAAGCUCUCUCAUAUAGCAUUUUCAAAAGACCACAUUAGCUCUGCCAGGAAAAAUCAAUCAAGCUUGUUACCCGUGACCAGAUUCCGUGCCAAUCCUCAGUCAGGCAAACAAAUUUUACUUCGACAACAUGGUAAUGGUAACUAGUCAAAGAUACUUUAAGACAUGAAAGGAAAGAAAUAGAGAUUUAAAAAAAAUACACUCAAUGGCAUUCCUUAAACUAAAAUUCACCCCGCCUUUUCCUUCCUCAGAAAUCUGAGGCCAGCCAUUCAAACACUGUCCUGUUCUUUCUCAGCUUUUUAGCAACUUAAUGCCAAAUGGCCCAAAUAGUAGAUAUUCAAAAUGGUCCACGUGUUAGAUAAAUACAAGCUGGGAGUAAAAUCUGCUCCAGAAAAUCCAAACUAUCUUUCUAUCAUGUUCCUAGGAAGAGAGCAUCAUUAGUAAGUGAAGGUAGUUUAAUUUCCUAUAAGAAGUUGCCAGUGCCUUGUUUAAGACGAUGAUGGAUCAUUUCCUUUGGAUAUUAUUGGUUCAAAGCAUAGGACUGAUUGGCUAUACUUUGAAGAAAAUCUUUCUUCCCUGCCUCUUUGAACUCAGGAACAGAAAAUGAACAAAAAGCACGUCAUCAUCAGAUGUGAUUUUUGACCCCGCUGGGGCUGUGGUACCAGAAUGGGUGCCAUGGUGUCUUCAGAAUUUAGGUCAACCAACUCCCAGCCUUCCAGAAACUGACACGGCUUUAAUUUUACACUUUCCAAAAAUAAAUACAAACAAACAACCUUAGUGCUUGUUCUGUAGUCGCACUGUCUAGCAGUUAGAGGGUUUUGUUGAUGUCCCUCUCCAGGCAUGUCUGUAGGCAAGGAGCAUCAUUUGCAGGCUGGUCAUGACUGGUACAGCGCCAACGGAUGGAUGAGAACUUCCGGGAAUAUUGCCUGCUGUUUGUCUGUCUGAAGUCAGUGUCAAAACUGCAUCCCAAGUUCAUGAAGUUGUCACUCAGUUUGGGUUAAGAAAGCCAGUAGUGUUUUCUCUGCUAACGUGGAUAGCUCUUCCCCUGUAACGUGACUUGGCCAAAAUCGAACUUGAACUUCCACACUUUGAAAGAAAGCACAGUAUGAACCUUAACAUAAGCAUCUACAUUGACCACGAAAAGUCUACAUCCUGGGCAGAAAAAGGCACAAACUUGGUCCAAGGUAGGAUUCUUCAAAAGCAUCUAACUAAACUUGCGUGUUAUGCCACUGGAUGUGACUUUUGAAGACGUUAUGAAUUGUUCAAUGCCUCCUUCUGUGUUAAUUUGCUGUUGCUGUUUUGUGAUACAAAAUAAACUUAUCCGGGAUUGUUUCUUCUUCUUCUUUUUUUUUUUUUUUUUUUUUUUUUUUCACUGAACCUUCUCCAAAGCCACCUUGAACCCUUGGUAAACUUACAGAAAGUUACUGACCUUGAAAUUAUUUUUUUAAAGGCAAUAUAUAUUCAUCAUAAUGAGCUUUUUUAGAACGAGGUAGCACUGUCUCCCCUAACACGAGUUUUAGGUUGCCCUGUUGGAAGGCUUGUGGGAUUCUGGGAACCCUCUCUCCCUCAGGACUAUUGGGUGUACCACACUAUUUUUCAGUCUUUACAUUUGACUUUCAAGGCUGCCUUGGAAAGCUAGUUGUUAGAAGUAUGAAAUGCAGAUUUUCCAGGGGUCUCCACUGUACCCUUUCCUCUUCAUCAGUUCCCUGGUCUUCAGGGCUCACGAGGGAGCUCCCCAGGUCUACAUCUCAGUUGUCGGACGACACCCAACAGAUAACGUCGUUUUCAAAAUCGGUUUCAGCCCCUAGUCCUGGCACCACAGGGAGCUCAUGGCCUGCUGCCUGGGAUCGAGGGGUGGAAGUUCAGGGAAGGGGGGACGGGGAGGUCACCCAGCCCAUCAGCAGAAACCCUUUCUCCCCUGUUCUCAAUGCUGGGGAAAUCCAGCAUUUUUAUAAGGGAAAAUGAGUUGUUAUUACAGACGUGAACGUGUCCCACUCACUCACUGCUCCUGGCGAAUUCCAUGUCUAGAACCCGAACCUCUUCAUCUCUUUUAAAGAAUAAAUUCAUGAAGAAUGAUCCCGAGUGCUGCCAACAGUCCAGCAAGCUUCCUUUCACCGCAGCCCCGUUUGGGGAGACAAAAGAAGAGAAUCCCGACGAUGUACAGUAAAAAUUGUAUUAUAUUUUUUGUACUUAUGUUUUAUGUAAAUAGUUUGUCUCAUUCAAUUGUACGUGAGCAUUGAAAUAAAUCCUGCCAUUUAGGAA